CAAGACUCCAUGAUGACAGGUGAUGUCUCAGUAGAACUCCAGUUUCAUUGAGCUCCCUCUGGUAAGAGAGCCUAUCCCAGCAACUGUACUUCCACUGCUUGAUCCAAAAUGGCUGCCACCAAAAGCGGUUACGAGGGCAAGAUAGCUGGUCUAUAUGACCUGGACCGAACACUGGGCAAAGGCCAUUUUGCCGUAGUCAAACUAGCUCGUCAUGUAUUCACAGGCCAAUUAGUAGCAGUCAAAGUCAUCGACAAGACAAAGCUUGAUGACUUAGCGACUGGCCACUUGCUUCAAGAAGUUCGCUGCAUGAAACUCGUCCAGCACCCCAAUGUAGUGCGACUCUAUGAGGUCAUCGAUACACAAACCAAGCUCUACCUCAUCCUAGAGUUGGGCGACGGAGGUGAUAUGUACGAUUACAUCUUGCGUCAUGAAGGAGGUGUGGCCGAAGACACUGCAAAAGUGCACUUUGCACAGAUCGUACGAGCAAUUGCCUACUGCCAUCGUCUCCACGUUGUCCACAGGGAUCUAAAGCCGGAGAAUGUUGUGUUCUUCAGGCAGCAGGGGACGGUGAAACUGACAGAUUUCGGCUUCAGUAACCACUUUAAGCCUGGGACCAUGUUGAUGACCAGCUGUGGUUCGCUGGCAUACUCAGCUCCAGAAAUACUGCUAGGUGAAGAAUACGACGCUCCUGCAGUCGAUAUCUGGUCACUGGGUGUGAUCCUCUAUAUGUUGGUUUGUGGACACCCGCCCUUUCAAGAGACCAAUGACAGCGAGACGCUCAUCAUGAUCAUGGACUGUCGAUACACUGUGCCCAACCACAUCUCUGCCCAGUGCAAAGAUUUGAUUUCACGUAUGCUGCAGAGGGAUCCAGCUAAGCGGGCGUCUCUUGCAGAGAUAGAGAGCCACCCUUGGUUGCAGGGUGUUGACCCUUCGCCUGCUGGAUUUACAGCUGCCCCACUCACCUCUCACCGCAGUUUGUUACCAGAGGAGCAUGAGUUCAUACUUCAAGCCAUGACUAGUGGCAGCAUCGCUGGCCGAGAUGCCAUCCAAGAAGCUUUAGAGGCUGACCGAUAUAACCACAUAACAGCCACAUACUACUUGCUGGGAGAGCGACUUCUUCGAGACAAGCAAGAGCAGUCAAGUCUCACUCCUGAGCAGAGGAAUACACAGAGACCCAUAUCAGAACCACUGGACUUGGUGAGCCAAGUGCCCCGGACUGAUACACUGAGGGGUACACCCCUUAGUGCCUUAGCACCUCUUGGCUCUCUAUCUACUGGCUAUGUCCGGCGUGGUGUGAGUGAAUCAGGGGACCUGCUGGCUCCCAAAGCCAACCGUCAUGAUAACUCCUUUAGUGACUUUUGCAGCACGGCUCCAUGCUUAAGCCUCAAUAUGCGCCCUCUACCUCCGGACCAACCAACUGUCAAGAGCCUUGGAGCCUUACAGCAGAUCUGUGAGGAGGAAGAGGAGGAAGAUGAGGUGAAGGUUAAGAUGGCACCUGGUAAACUGGGUCCACUUCCUUCAACAGACCUGUCAUUGAAACCCUCUACAACAUCUUUGCAAUCAGAGCCUCAGAUGAGAACUGGAAGGCAUUCAAGUAAGGGGAUGGGAAACUGUGAAACUCUAGCUGAGGAGGAGGAGGAACUUGAGGAAGGCUCGGAGAGCAUAGAAGAGCAUAAGAAGCCUUUGGAUUUAGUGUCAAGCAUACCUUCUGGCACUGUGGAACAUCAAGUAGAGAUGCCCCCAAAGACUGAACCACAGGUGGAAGAGUUCAAACAUACAAAGCAGCCGGGUAAAGGAAACGAUAAGAGUGUGUUCACCCAUGUUAGCUUGUCUUUAGAGGAGCAGGAAGGAGAAGAGAUCCAAGGUCCAAAUGUAGACGGACCUAUACCAGCUCCCAGACUGGAUGUUGUACAGUGCUGCUGGGGACAACGUGAACCUUCAAAGGACAUCCUAGAAAACAACAAUAACACCUUAGCCAAAUCUCGGCUGCUCGAGGCUGGAGUGAUCUCAACCCCUUGUGGUUCCCCAAGAUCCCUGCCAAGGAACCACUGUGUGGACCUGGGUCCUGAUGGAGUAGAGAUGCGCAAGACUGUGGGUGAACUGGAGAAACCUGAGGAGGUACAACCUAAAUCUCAAAAAGUACUCCAGGGAACCAGAGGCACAAUUACCGACCCUACUAUCCGAGCUGAUCCCAGCAAGGUCAAAAAUGUGAACUUGCGAGAACGUCUGAUGCAGUUCCCGCUCUGUGAGAAAGCUUUAUCCUUCAACAUCCAGCCCACCUCUAAAGAGAAACUUCUACCAUUUGCACAGUAUAACUGCUGCCAUGUGUUGUAGAGACUGGAUCCCGAGAUCAAAAAACAAACUGGCAUCAACAGAAGCCCUGCAAAACCAACAAAUAUUUGAAGUUGUUCAAACACACACAAAAAAACACGUUCUCACCUCAAACUGUAACCUCAGAGGUGCUUUCCCACACAAUCUGCGUAAUGUAUAUCAUUAUUUUCUUUCCCUGCCCAGCAUUCCUUGCUGCUUUCCUGUAAGACCGUUAAACAAUGCUGUGUAUAUGAACACUACUGACACUGCUCACUCUAUUCUGUGCUAUCUCAGAGACUUUUAUUAGAAGUAGCAUAUGUCUUGCUAGAGUAGAAGCUUUAAUUCAAUAACGUCAUCUUGCACUGUAAUAUCUUUACCACCUUAAAAGCAUCACAGAGUUUAGUCAUAUCACUAAAUAAGUGGGUGAAGACCAUGCUUUAUGAGUGACAAUGAAUAAGCCAACACAAGAACAUAUGGUGACAACAGAGGAUGUCUUGAUUCAAGAAGUUGUGGAUGUUCAUUUGGUUUGGUUUUGCAGGCGCCUGUGAGGCAACAGUCUUCACUCAGUCUUUAAGAAGUUGCAUGCUGUGGCACUGUUGUUGCUUUUCGAGCACCACUGCCUCAUGCUAGCAUGUUAGCUAGCAUCUUUACCCUCAGGCAGUGGGGAGAAAGCAGAACAGUUUGCCACAUUGAUACAGUGAACAGUGACAGUUUGGGAGCAUGGUUAUAAGAGCAUGCUAAAUCAGAACAGCUUAGCAUAGCAUUAGCAUUUUGUGAGCCGGGGACUGACCAGGGAAAGAUGCUAAGUAUUUCUGUGAUAUAUAUUUUAAAACAACAAGAAGAGGGCUUGAACAAAGAGGUUAUAGCUGGGGGUGUUUGUGUGUGAAAUGGACGUAAUAUUACACAGAAGACUGGUCUUCCUGGAGCUAUACUUGGGAGUUUGUUUUAAAACUGCUAUUUCUUGGAAAUAUUUUCAAGCCUUUAUCGAGCAUUAGAGAAUUAUCAAGGGUUUUUGGAAAGAUGGUGACAGACAUAUCCGUUUUUUUUUUGUUUUGUUUUUUUGUUUACGUAAGAAGAUAUUGAAGGGAGAUUAAUUAUAUUACAUAACAUUGAACAUCUAUUUUUGUUUAAUCAUCUAGUCUCUGGGUGCAUCUUUAACAUGUGUUGUAAGGGGAUAAGCUCUGAAAUAUUCAGUCAUGUACAGUGUAUAUAUAUUCCUUUCAACAUGUUAUGCUGUUGGUAUGAUGUCGUAUUUUGACCCUUGCACCAUGCGCAUACAAACGAAACAUUUCAACCCUUCUGUUUCACAUCAUAUUCAACAAACGUAGCGACUUCUUGACACUAGCUUGAUGAUCGACAGAUCGUAUAGUAUCUUGUGUCAUAGUUGUAAAUACAUUUGAAGAGCUGUAUGUUAACGUAACGCCUAAUAGCGUAGCUGAGCCUAGCGUAAACUGUACAUUAAGAGAAUCCAGCCUUCGUAUCUUGCAAUGGCAUGAGAGAAGCAAGAGGUUGCUGUUGUUUUUACCUCCUGAACAACCUAAACACAAUCACAAACAUUUAAGCAGCCGGUGUGACUGUGGUUACUGUUACUUUGGUACUCUAAAGACAUCAAAUAUUUUCAGUCACUUCACAUUCCUAAGUUGCUGCACAAUACAUAGUGCACUUCUCACCAGUCAUUUAUUAAUAUUUUAUACUUUUUUUCGUCUCAUACUGUAGUCAACGCAAGUGUACACUUUUUCUUCAGUAUUUCGGACCACAGAUAAGCUUGACCAAAUGCAUAAGAACAGCUGUAAAUGUGACAUGUGCUUUGGGGAGAGAUUUCAAGAAGUCCUAUAUAGACACAUUACAUCUCUAUAACAGAUGAAAAUUUAUUUAAAUCCCAUACUAAGUACGUAUAUCUUUCUGAACUAAUCAAAGGGCAGAGCGAUAUAAAGACAGACAUCCAUUAUGUUUUCAUAAUUAGCAUUUUCCCUACUCGAUUUGAUGGUUCUCAUUUGACAUGGGUCUCCAUUACUCAGCAACAGUUGGAUUUGGGUUUAUCUAUAGUCCCAUUGACCCUUACUAAAAUUACGACUGUGUCUCAAUGAGAUUAAUUUAUUUUUAUAUUUAUUUAUUAAAACUGAUUAAACUGCA